AUGAUACAUGCAUUUACGUCUGCCGAGAUUUUGGACGAUAGCACCAGUACUAUAUCACCUCUAAACUCGCUUCUAUGUUCGCGUCGUCUACCUGGCGAUGUCGACUUCCAGACUGUGGAUCUCAUAGCUGUGUACCGUCUGGAUAGGCCUGAUGUCACCGGCGUUACCUUGGUGCAGGGCUCUCAGGAUCUUCAGCGAGCUUAUAGGAUAGGCGGCGGUGCUAAUCUAACUAUGCCUGUCCGACAAGUCUUUCCCAAUGGUCUACCAGAGCAGUUCAGCCUCACGAGUACCUUCAACGCCAGAAACCAACAACGGCCAUGGAGCCUCAUCAGAGUACGAGGGCAGAAUCUCUUGUUCUCUCUCACUCUCCUAUCUCAUGUCAAGAAAAUGGCUGUAUUUGUACAAAAGACUAGAGUUAUCUUCUCUUGUCCAGAGCUGUUUCGUGCUGGCUGGCAUAAAAUUCACAUUACCAUUACCAACGAUACUGUGUUCGCUGCCGUGGAUUGUAUUGAGCUAGAGCCAGAAGAAAUAACUUCUCACAGCUUCAACAAUGCCACCACAGUCACCAUAGUUUCCAAUGACGAUGGUACACCUGCAUCUGUCGAUCUUCAGUGGCUGUCUCUAAGUUGUAAUCCUUUUAACUUGACCGAGGAGAGUUGUGAAGAAAUCGGCCCCGAUGGUCCACAGGGAGCCAAAGGCGAUCAAGGCGCACCGGGAUAUACAGGAUUGCCUGGCGUUCGAGGUAUUCAGGGCCCACCAGGUGUUACCGGACCUCCUGGACUCAAGGGCGAGAGAGGAGAACAGGGUCCACCUGGAAAUAGUACUAAUGUAUCUGUACUGCCAGGUGCUCCUGGCGAACCCGGGCGAAGAGGAAUAAAGGGAGAUAAAGGGGAAAUAGGUCAAAAAGGUGAACCAGGUGAAGUAGGACUUGUUGGCCUAGCUGGCUUGCCUGGAAUCGAUGGCAGACACGGCGAGCCAGGACCUCCCGGACCUAUUGGCCCUCGAGGUGAAACGGGGCUCCCUGGGCCUCCUGGGCCAAUAGCACACGUAAAUACCUCGUUGAUACAAGGCACUAAGGGUGAACGGGGUUCUCCCGGAAGAGCUGGAAGGGAUGGAGAACCGGGUCCGCGUGGACAACCAGGCUUAGAUGGCCACGAUGGUUUGCCAGGACAACAAGGAACUCCAGGGAUACCGGGUAUACCAGGUGAAAGAGGUCUACCAGGAGAACAAGGAAUAGCUGGUGAGAGAGGCCCUGAAGGCUCACAGGGCCCAGAAGGUCCGCCAGGACCACCCGGUCAAACCGGUGUCCCAGGAUUAUCCGCGACUUCUGGAAUGCCUGGCCCACCAGGUAUUCCAGGGGAAAGAGGAGAGAAAGGAGAUGCUGGUCUUCCCGGUAUGCCUGGUAGAGAUGGUCUCGAUGGUAUACCAGGGGCUCCAGGACCAAGAGGUCUACCGGGUCCUAUUCCUCCGAGGGAGGUCAUUGUUGAGCAUCCAUCAGUAACUGAAGCCGAAGUAAGAAAUAUCUGUGAAGACUUAAUAACACACCGAUUCAAAGAAUUAGCUGAUAGCCUAAUUGUUGCCCCACCUGCUGGAAGUGUGGGACGACGCGGUGCCCCAGGCAGACCCGGGCCCCCAGGACCGCCUGGUACCCCUGGCGAUGCAGGGCCUAUAGGCCCACGUGGAUAUCCCGGUGAAUCAGGCGAGCCAGGUCGACCGGGUGAAUCAGGUGUCAGGGGAGAAAAGGGGGACAAAGGUGAAAGAGGACCUGAAGGAAUCGGAAUCCCGGGUAUUGAAGGACCUAGGGGACAACCAGGUCUAGUCGGCCCCCCAGGGUCAGAGGGACGAAGAGGGGAACAAGGAAUUCCAGGAAGAGAAGGUCCCAUUGGCCCUCGAGGAGUACCUGGUCCCAGGGGGUCGUGUGACUGUCCACUGCUCUCUUACUAUAGUUAUCCUCAAAUAAUGGGUAACAUGAAAGGGCCAUAG